AUGUCUGUUAUUAGGGAAUUGAGUCAUCAAAAGAGAAACGUUGUGUUAGAAUUGUUUGGUACAUCAAAAAGAAGAAUUGAAUAAAAAGAAAAUGUAUAAUCACCUAUCAAUCGACCUUCUAAACGAUUUAAUUAUCCAUAAUCUAGCAAUGCGAGUAAAUUAUUUCAGAUCCUCAAACAGACUCCUUCAAUUAAAUAAUCUGUGUUUAAGUCUUCAAAGAAAAACAAUGAAAGCAUUGGAUUAAAUGAAAGCCUUUGCCGAAAAGUAUCUAAUUUCAUUAAUAUAGAAAAUAUUGCAUAUUGAUAUUUAAGAACCUAGGACUUAUCUUAGACAAGUUAUUUCUCCUUAUAGAGAUUUUCGAUCAUAAGUCUCAUUUGAUAAUGCCCCUUAAACUUGUGUGGCAGCUCCUCGAAAAAUUAGUUAGCCUUAAUAAUUCAAUUAACAAAAGAAUUCUGUUCGAAGAUCCAAUAGUUUCAGAGAUCUUUUCAAAAGCUAAAUUACAUUUGGUUGAU